GUUGACGCCGGAGGUUCGCUCACUGAAACGGGAGGCUUAAAGAGACAACAGCAAAGCCGGGCUUGGCUUAAGUGAAUAAUUAAAUCACUUCCAAGGCACAAAUAAAGGACCAUGUCGCGGCAUACUAAAUAGGUGACUCACACGGAGAAGAACUUUUUGUCAACUGGAGUCGUGUGGAUUAUUCUGAUGCACCCUAAAUAUGCAUUUUGGACCGUUAAAAAAUGGAGGACAUUCACUUGCAUUGUUUAGAAGAGGAGGCCUGAAAUGAAAUCCUAAAAAUCUUAAAUUCUGUUUUGAUGAAGAAAGAAACAGAUACAUCUUGGAUGGCCUGAGGGUAUUAAGAGAAAAAAGUACUCUGCUGCUCAAACCUGUUACCUGUUAGAACAUGAAGAAUGUUCACUGUAUUACCCAAGACUGACUUCAAGGAAACCAUGAGGAGCACAAGAGGACGUUUACUGGUUGCACUUUGGUUCCACUAGCAGGAAUUGUGUAUGUGUCAGUGUUGAGGAGCAUGUGUGGGUGGAUGUGUGCGUGCGUGCGUGUGUGUGUGUCUGUAUGUAUGCGUAUGCUAGCAUAACCUGCCUGCUUCAGGCAGUGACAUGCUACACUGAGGGUAACCGUACGGAAAAGAAGUCCCAUCCACCCGAGGAUUAAUGCAACGACGUGUUUGGUGAUACCCACCGCAUCUGCAGAAAACAUCAGUUUCUGCUCCUCUAAAAUCAGCAGUAUAUAGAUACUUUUAAACCCCCUCACCUGUUUUGGCUUCUUGCCACUGUCCCCACACGUUCCCUGGGGGUUGUUUUGGAACCUCUCUAUUUUGCAUGGCAGGGGAGUAACCGUGGAGAGGCCAGGGUAUCACAAGCUUAUGGAUUUUGAGAAAAGAGGUGGGAAGGGGGAGACUGAGGAAGGGAAAAGGAUGUCCAAAGCAGCCAGUAGUAGGACUGGACAUGGGAGCCGGGGAACGGGGACCAACUCUGGGGUCCUCAUGGUUGGCCCCAACUUCAGGGUUGGGAAGAAGAUUGGCUGUGGAAACUUUGGCGAACUGCGGCUGGGCAAGAACCUCUACACCAAUGAAUAUGUGGCCAUCAAACUGGAGCCAAUCAAAUCUAGAGCGCCACAGCUCCAUUUGGAGUAUAGAUUUUAUAAACAGCUCGGAAGUUCAGAGGGAGUUCCUCAGGUUUUCUACUUCGGGCCAUGCGGAAAGUACAAUGCUAUGGUUCUGGAACUGCUCGGACCCAGUCUGGAGGACCUGUUUGACCUCUGCGACCGCACCUUUUCCCUCAAGACCGUCCUAAUGAUAGCUAUUCAACUGAUAACACGGAUGGAGUUCGUUCACACGAGGAGCUUGAUAUACAGAGACGUCAAGCCAGAGAAUUUCUUGGUGGGGCGGCCAGGCUCCAAGAGGCAGCACACCAUUCAUAUCAUCGACUUCGGGCUUGCCAAAGAGUACAUAGACCCCGAGACCAAAAAACACAUCCCAUACCGAGAGCAUAAGAGCCUGACCGGCACUGCCCGGUACAUGAGCAUCAACACACACUUGGGGAAAGAACAAAGCAGAAGGGACGACCUGGAAGCACUGGGCCAUAUGUUUAUGUAUUUCCUGAGAGGCAGUUUGCCUUGGCAGGGCUUGAAGGCAGAUACACUGAAAGAGCGCUAUCAAAAAAUAGGGGACACCAAGCGGGCUACACCGAUCGAAGUUCUCUGUGAAAGUUUCCCAGACGAAAUGGCCACCUAUCUGAGAUAUGUAAGAAGACUGGACUUCUUUGAGAAACCAGAUUAUGAUUACUUGAGGAAGCUCUUCACAGACCUUUUCGACAGGAACGGCUAUGUCUUUGAUUAUGAGUACGACUGGGUCGGCAAGCCUCUACCUACACCUAUAGGCCCCAUCCCCACAGACACACCCCAGCCCAGCAGCAGGGACAAAGCACAACCUCAGACCAAAAACCAGUCGCCCGAGCCUACAGGAAGUGAGUCUCAGCCCACUCCAGUGACCAUUAAGGAGACGCUGGGGUCACAUCUCACAACCGAAAGGCUGGGGGGCUCAGUGCAGGUCAUGAGCUCCACAAAUGGUGAGCUGAACACGGAUGACCCAACCGCAGGACACUCCAAUGCUCCCAUUACUGCAACUGCUGAGGUAGAGGUGGCAGAUGACACAAAGUGCUGUUGUUUCUUUAAGCGGAGAAAGAGGAAAGCCCUCCAGAGGCACAAGUGAAGAGCGCUCUUUGAAAACAACUUGAAACAUUCUGGUCACUGUUAAGUUUGAAAUGCAAGCAGAUACACAGUUCUCUCUCUCUGUCUUUUUCUCUCUCUCUCUCUGUCCUCAUCACACUUUCUUUUAUAGAUGCUUCACUUAAUGGAGUGCAAAGGAAUGUUGUUGACUGUCCAAAAGACUCUAGUUUCUUCAAAAAAAGAGAAUAAAGGAAGAUACAUAAGAUGUGUAAAAAAAAAUAUCACACAAAAACUCUUAAAAAGAUGGAAUGAACAUGUAAUCCAGUAAUGAUGAUACGGACCUCAGUGUUGUGAAAAAAAAAAAAAAAAAAUGUUGGUUUUUUCUAGAUUCCAUGCAGAACAUUUAUUGUUCAUUGUCCAUUGAUCAGGGGACGAAACAUCAAUGGGCUGAAUGAUUUAAGUUUUUCGUAGAAAUAGUUCUUAUUGUGGCAAACAGGAGAGCAGGAGUCAACUCUGCAUUGGGAAUGACAGAAUGACACCCACAAAAUGACAAAAGUAACAGGACACAUUUCAUCUCAACCAGACUGUGGAGUCGUUUGUUUUUCAAAUUUCUUUUUUCAAAUGUUUUUUUAAUAUGUUUUCAGAGGAUUCCCUGGGUUGUAAAGCAGUUGUAGUGUCCUGGAUAUGCUUUCUUUUUGUCUUUUUUUUUUAAUAUAGAUUCUUCCAUAUAUUUUAUUUUCUGUCAACGUGGACUCUGUAGCACAGUUUCUGGACUCAGGUACUGUGGGGGACAGAGACAAAUGGAUAUUAUUCUCUUGUCGCUGUUGUUAUUGCACUUUUGGAAAAAAGAAGACAACACAGUAGACUUGAAAUUAACCGACGAGAAAAACUACAAACUAUAAAAACUGAUUUGGGAGCAUUCCCACACAGGGCUCUUAUAUGUCCAAGGACCGUUUAAGGAAAAGAAGAAAAAAUGUACUUCAGUUUUAUUUCUCACAUCAAAUGUAUUUACCAGGAAAUCAUAGUUUGUGCCUUUCCAAGUAAAAUGUUUAAAAUUUAA